AUGCCGUGCCGGAGGGAGGAGGAGGAAGAAGCCGGCGACGAGGCAGAGGGGGAGGAGGACGACGACAGCUUCCUCCUGCUGCAGCAGUCGGUGACUCUGGGCGGCUCGACCGACGUGGACCGGCUCAUCGCCCAGAUCGGCGAGACGCUGCAGCUGGACGCGACGCACGACGGCCCGGCCUCGCCGAGUGCCGCCCCGGGCCCCCCGCCCGCGCCCCCGCGGGUCCUGGCGGCGCUGCCGGCGGACAAGGCCGGGACCCCAGCGAGGCGGCUGCUGCGGCCGGCGGGGUCAGCGGAGGCCGAGGACCCUGCGCCCCCGGGGGCCGUGCGCUGCGUGCUGGGGGAGCGCGGGCGCGUGCGGGGCCGGGCGGCGCCCUACUGCGUGGCGGAGAUCGCCCCCGGCGCCAGCGCGCUUCCCGGGCCGGGGCGGCGAGGGUGGUUCCCAGGGGCCGUGGCUUCUCGGCGAAUCCAGCAGCGGCGGUGGACCGCAGGCGGAGCGCGCGCGGCCGACGACGACUCGCACCGGCUCCUACAGCAGCUCAUACUCUCGGGAAACCUCAUCAAGGAGGCGGUGCGCAGGCUCCAGCGAGCUGUCGCCGCGGUUACGGCCACGAGCCCCUCGAGCGCGCCGGGGUCCGGGGGUGGCCGAAGCGGACUAGACUCAGUCACCCUGCAGCCCUCGGGCUCCUGGCUCUGACCCGACGUCCCUGGAGGGGGAAGAGGACGCGGCCAUGCGGAUCCAACAGUGUCUUGCCCGGGACAGUGCGGAGCUGAAGCUGUCGUCCAUCCCACUGGUUACAGCCUCAAAGUUACCGGUCUCAAGAGGCUGUUACAGAAAACGGACUUAGCAGCACUGGCUGCCGAGGACCUGACCUGCAAUCUACGGGGAGAACUGUGGCAGCUACUUGGGCCUGACUUAGCCCUAGGGCAUCAUGUGCUUGGAUUGUUUAUAGUUGUGGUUCGCAUGGGCGGGAAUCGGGAGGGCUUCUAACAAUACUUGAAAACCAAUAGUAGACAUAUAUGAUCUCGUUAUUUUCGGGUAGAGAAGCUUUCUGCAUAUGGUGCUACAGUUGCGGAGCAGAGGGGUUCUAGGGUGAAGAACAUAAAGUUGGCAAAGGGGUGGCUUGGUGACGCUUUCUUCUGCUUAAUUUGUGAUUGUGAAGGUGGGCGAUGGGACCUAGUUGGUGAAUUCUCAAAGGUGGAGAGAGCUGAGCUUAAGUGGGGAUAUGCAAAUGACUUGACCUUGCCAACUUGGACUCAAGGUCAGGUUGAGUCGACUGUUGUGGGAUUCUUGGGAGCGUUAACCCCAGUGUCUUUUUCUGGUUCCACGCACAGACCAGAGUGUCUCUGCCACCGCUUGGAGUCUCCCGAGGACACACAGGCUGACAGUGCUGUGUAGGGAGAGUUAUUUUGUAUUUUCUGUGCUUUUCUUUUCCAGAACUACUACUCCUGAUAGGCCACUCUUGGCCUUAGCAUCAGCUCUCAGAAAUGGUCAUAAGCAACCUCUUGACCUCCCUGCAACCAUUGUGUUUGUGAUGUGUGUGGUGUGAGGUGAAAGCAGUGAGCACACUUUCUGCUCAUUUAGGCCCUCUGCAGAGUUGGAGGGGGCCUCUCCAUCUUCCUCACCUGCCAGUUCUUGGUGAGUGACUGAAACUGGUUUUUAAAUGUGACUCUGGGAGGGGGAAAUGCUUUUCCCCUUGUGAAACCCGAGGGCACCCUUUCUGAGGUGCACCCCCAAACUUUUAAGGUAGCUAAACUUUUUUUUUUUUUUUUAAAGAUUCAAUGGCUCAUUCAUCCUCCAGAUGUGGCUAUUGAUGUACACUUCGCAACGGAGUGUCUGAAAUUGUGGUGGUCCUGAUUUAUAGGAUUCAUAAUUUAAAUGUCUGCUGAAUAAAUUUGUUCUUUGUUUUGGAAAA